AUGAUCGACUCUGUCCAAGUGAAGGUUAUAAAUGCACAUGCAAAUGCCCAAGUGAAGAUGCAGAAAAGACACAGCAACGAUGAUAACGUAAGCGAAUUAAAUUGCUUAUCAGAAGCCGAAAAAGAGAGCCUGCUUAAAAACGACGAUUCAAGCAAUGAACUUCGUCCAGACGAUAAAAUGAUCAUGGAUCUUUUGUCUGUGUGCAUUUCAAAACAGGGCACUUCGGAUUCGAUUCUUGUUAACGGCUCGAUCGAACGUUAUUCGGAAUUCACGCCUUCAAACAUGCUCUUCAUACCGCAGAAUCCAUACUUUCCCAGUGGAUCGACAACACUACGACAGCAGAUCGUUUAUCCAUCAAAAGCUAAAGCUGAUGAGAAAGAAAUUCCGAAAUUGAGGAAUAUAUUGGAGGAUAUCGGUAUGACGCAUGCACUGAAGCGUUGUUCGGGUUUGGAUGAACCGUUUGAUGCAGACUGGCAAGAAACGUUCUCAAGGGGUGAACUGCAACGAUUAUGCAUUGGACGAGUUUUGUAUCAUUNCCACCAGUGCACUUGGCUACGACAUGGAGACGAAUCUUUACAAAAUUAUUCAUGA